AUGGCUGCCCCUAUAAAGACCUUCCCUAUAUGCGGCGUGACAUAUGUCGGACAGAUCGAGCAUGAGUACAUGCACGGUAAGAAACUGUCAGUUUGCGCAAACUGUCUGGCCUUGGGAUUCCAGAAACCUCUGAGGCGAUGCAACGGUUGUUUGUUGGUCGAUUACUGCUCCAAAGAAUGUCAAAAAGCCCACUGGCGCAAGCACAAGUCAUUUUGCAACAUGGUGCAGGGCAAAGGAGACCGAAACGCCUAUCUCUCAUCCUAUGGCCACGACGAAGUUCUUCGACUCAUCAUCGAUGCCUACCGCUUAAGAGUCGAGACAGACCACUUAUCCCGGGAUGAAGACCACGGUAUUUAUUUUCCAGGCAAACCAAUCGACGGCUUAGUCUGGGCCAAGGGCGACGCAUCUGAUGACUUCCAACGAUUUCUCGAUUUGGCGGAAGAGGCAAAAAUCCUACCCAAGUGGUGGACGUUUGAGGACCGAAUGCAGUGCCUUGCUCUAGCAAUCGACAAAAAUGACCCCGAGUCAAUAUUCCGCCCAAUCAACCAGACUGAGCUUCCCCAGAGGUAUGAAGGUGAUAUGGCCAUCCGAUUGGCGCUCGCUAUCCUGGCCGAGAUGUGUGUCGGAUAUGAUGGCAAGGGACCGGCCAAGGACGACACAUGGUUCCAAGAGUUCCAAGAAUUCCUCGACCUUCAUCCAGAAGAACGAGCCCGAUUGAUCAGGGGCAGUAUCGAAAUGGUGGAUUCGGUGUUGAAAGAACACGGAGAAGAGUUCGGACAAAAGCCGAACUAA